CGAUCUCCAGGACAGGGGCAUUUGUAUCUAAAUGCGUAUGAGAAAUUUUGCCAGGAUGUAAUUGUUGAAAAAAUUAUACAAAAGCAUAAUGUAUACCGGAUGACCAAGCUGUUUCAAAAGUUCCUUCAUUACGUCAAUAUGGUAGAGGAAAAGGAUGCAUCUAAUUUUAAAGCAUCUCGUCUUAAAACGAGGUUAAAAGUUGGCUACCCACAACUGGUAUUCUUUGCCCCUUCUAAAUGCACACAAAGUGAACUUGUUUAUGUUGAAGCGGUCUCUGCCGGUGAAGUCUUAGAUAAUUUACCUGAUUCUGCAAGUAAUUCUGGGUCUGAAUAUGAGUUGUAUGAUGAAGAAGAUAAUCAACAGACAAAUUGUCAACAACAGUCUUCUUUUCAAGUUGAAAAUAACAUGCUCUUGCUUUAUAGCGGAGCCAUGCUCAUGCAAACAUUAAUCAAAGGUGCUCCGGAGUUUGAUGCACCUUGGCCUCCAACAUCUUAUGACAUUACUCUAGAGAGUGCAAGGAAAAUGGUCCCACUUCCACUGUAUAAUUUCUUAGCAUGGGUAUUAGGCAUGACUGAUGAUCCAGGAUUUGAUGACUAUGCAAAAGUAACGGCAGAAGAGAAUGCCAAAUUGCUCUCCCUGGCACAAGAUGUUAUUUAUGUUUCACAUGCUGGUCGGAAACCAACACCUAAAUAUUUGGCUCUCAGCAUGACAAUUCGCCAGAUGACAGGAUCUUCCGGACUGUUGAAGAUUAUCCAUGGAUUCGGGCAUUGUGCAUCUCAUUCAACCACACUGAGGCAUAUGACACAGCUCUUGCAGAAUUAAAUCUGCAAAGUUCAACAGUGGUGCCUAAAGAAAUUCUUCCAAACAAGCAUACAACACUAAUUUGGGAUAAUGAUGACUUUCAGGAAGAAUCUAAAUCAUCUACGCACAUUACUAAUGGAAUUGCGGUACAAAGAGCUUUGAAUGAGGAUGUAAUUACUAUUCCGCCAUUAGUAAAGACGAGAAGAAAAAGCUUAGAUGAUCCAUGCUGUGAAUUGAUGCCAUAUUCAAUAGGAAAGAAAAAGUCCAUUGAUGUGUUAGAGCAGUGUUCUGAUCUUGAAUUUGAAGAAGAGUGUCAUUCUACUCAUCAGAUAUCUGAAAAUAAACUGGAUUUGGUAUACUGCCUUUUAAAGCUAUCCUUCAUUGAUAAUUCAGAGCUUCUUCCUGAUUGGACAGGAUUCAACACACUGCUAUCAAGAAACGAUACUUCAGCUUUAAAUUUGUCAAGAAUAGGUUACCUACCAGUUAUUGAAGGAUCUCCAACACAGUACACAACAGUUUACACAGUUUUCGUAAAGAGCUUAGAAAUAGCUGCCAAGUUAAAUCUUGAGUAUGUAGUUCUUGUGUUUGAUGAGGUCAUAUAUGCAAAGGCCCAACAGAUUCGCUGGAAGAAUGAAAGUUUCAUGGUCAAAACUAUUUUGCGUCUUGGUGAUUUCCACGCAGUGAUGAGCUUUUGUGGAGCGAUAUCAAGGAUCUUUCAAGAUGCAGGUUUAAGGGUAUGUAAUUUAUAAGCCAAUGCAUGUGCACAUGAGUGUGCAUCCAUUUAAUACUUGUAUGUUGUUGUUUUUCAUCAGGAUGUACUUGUAGAAUCUGGUGUUGUGGGACAAAAUACUGUUAAUGGAGUUAUGAGUGGGAAAUUCUAUAAUGGGAGUGUGAAAUGUCACAAAAUAAUGCACGAGGCUUUGGAGAUUAUCCGUUUCCAAUGUUUUAUGGACAAUUGUUCCCCAGAACGUGCAUGUGAAAUUGAAUCAUUGUUGUGCAACAUUAGAGAUGCUUUCCUGAAUGAAGAAUUCUAUGACUACCUUGAAUCACCAGAACUGAAAGCAAUUUCCAACCUUCGCCCUGUGGUCUACUUACAUUGA